AAAAAACGGAGCAACUAGAAGAAUAAAGAUAAAGAAUAAAGAGAAACAGGAACACAAUAGUGUGGAUGCCUUGAGGCAUCCACACAAUUAAUUGUUUUUCACUGUCAAUUUUUUUUUCGGUUUCAAUACAAGAUUUUUCAGUACAUGUAUUUCAGUUACAAUAUUUCUUUUCGGUUUCAAUAUUUUUUUUCGGUUUCAUUUCAAGGUGGCAUCAUUCUGAUCCCAUAGAAGACUAAUUUAGAAGAUCUUCUUUUGACCUGGAAAAGAAAAAGCCCUCUUGAAAGUAAUGAAAUCUUAGUAAGUAAGAAAAACUGGGAACAACCACAGGUUUCUUUUCAGCGCUGCAGCCAGGCUGAGCCAAGUGUACUGUUUGUCUUUCUAUCUUAGUACAGCACUGGUCAAAUGUUUGGACACAGCUUCUCAUUUAAUGCCUUUUCUUUCGUUUCAUGACUGUUUACAUUGUAGAUUCUCACUGAAGGCAUCAAAACUAUAAAUGAAGAAAUAUGGAAAUAUGAAGUAAACAAAAAAAAAUGAAAAUAACUCAUGCCUUAUAUUCGAGAUUCUAGUGUUACGAAAUCAGUUUCACCCCGGUUCUUUUUUAUUCCUCGGGCAUCCAGGGACGGCACCGGACUCAGUAGUCAUUUCACAAAACCUUUAUUCAUCUUUAUUCCUCUUCAGUUAAGCAUGCAUCUUCUAGAAGGGAAGACGUGCAAGGCCAGUGUCCCUCUGCAAAUAUUCUACUCCUUUGUCUGUGAAACACAGCUUUGUAGAAGCGACCCCAUCAUAAAACCCCCAUGGUGUCCUGCAAACUCUGUCUGUGUGUGUAUGCACGAGCAUGUGAGUGCCUGUGUGCGCGUACCUGUGUGUAUGUGUAAGUGCACGUGAGUGAGUGAGUGUGCAUGUGUGUGUGUGUGUGUGUGUGUGUGUUUCUCUGUAUACGUGACUUCCUGCCGGUAAUAAAAGUAAUCUCCCUUUCAGACCAAAGUUAUCCAGUUACAAAUACUGAGACCCCCACCCAGGUAUCCACUGGGGAAUUUCCACUCAAUAUUAACUUCUCUUUGUCUUACUUUCACAGUUCAAAGUGGGGGAGGGCCUCCUAGAAAUCUACUCCUAAAUUCAUGACACACUCAGGCCUUUAUUGCAUCCAGGUCAAAAGAAGGGAAAGCAUCAAACAAAACAAAAUCCAACCAGUUCCAGCAAGUACAGAUGAACCAGUUGUGAACCGGAUGGAAAAGACUUUUACCACUAUGAAGCAGCCCAGAAGACGCCAGAGCAUUGACAGUGGAGACAAAAGCUUCACAUGCGAUCAGUGUGGAAAGACUUUAACCCGGCGUAGCGGUUUAAAACAACAUCAGCUCAUCCACACUGGAUUCAAACCAUUCAGCUGUGAUCAGUGUGGCAAAGCUUUUACACAUAAUAGCAUCUUAAAACAACAUCAGCUCAUCCACACUGGAUUCAAACCAUUCAGCUGUGAUCAAUGUGGCAAAGCUUUUACACAUAAUAGCAUCUUAAAACAACAUCAGCUCAUCCACACUGGAUUUAAACCAUUCAGCUGUGAUCAGUGUGGAAAGGCUUUUACUCAGAAUGCCAACUUAAAAAGACAUCAGCUCAUCCACACUGGAUUUAAACCAUUCAGCUGUGAUCAGUGUGGAAAGAAUUUCACCAGGACUGACGACUUAAAAAAACAUGAGCUCAUUCACACUGGAUGUAAACCAUUCAGCUGUGAUCAGUGUGGAAAAGCUUUUACUCAGAAUGCCAACUUAAAAAAACAUCAGCUCAUUCACGCUGGAUUUAAACCAUUCAGGUGUGAUCAGUGGGGAAAGUCUUUCACUUCCAAAAGUAACUUAAAAGGACAUCAGGUCAUCCACACUGGAUUUAAACCAUUCAGCUGUGAUCAGUGUGGAAAGUCUUUCACGUCCAAAGGUAACUUAAAAGGACAUCAGGUCACCCACACUGGAUUUAAACCAUUCAGCUGUGAUCAAUGUGGCAGGGCUUUCACUCAGAGUGGCAGCUUAAAAAAACAUCAGCUCAUCCACACUGGAUUUAAACCAUUCAGCUGUGAUCAGUGUGGAAAGUCUUUCACUUCCAAAGGUAACUUAAAAGGACAUCAGGUCACCCACACUGGAUUUAAACCAUUCAGCUGUGAUCAGUGUGGAAAGUCUUUCACUUCCAAAGGUAACUUAAAAAAACAUCAGGUUAUCCACACUGGAUUUAAACCAUUUAGCUGUGAUCAGUGUGGAAAGACCUUUACUCAGGAUUGCAGCUUACAAAAACAUCAGCUUAUCCACACUGGAUUUAAACCAUACAGCUGUGAUCAGUGUGGAAAGACCUUUACUCAGGAUGGCAGCUUACAAAAACAUCAGCUUAUCCACACUGGAUUUAAACCAUUCAGCUGUGAUCAGUGUGGAAAGACCUUUACUCAGGAUGGCAGCUUACAAAAACAUCAGCUUAUCCACACUGGAUUUAAACCAUUCAGCUGUGAUCAGUGUGGAAAGGCUUUUAGUCAGAAUGGUCACUUACAAAAACAUCAGCUUAUCCACACUGGAUUUAAACCAUUCAGCUGUGAUCAGUGUGGAAAGACCUUUACUCAGGAUGGCAGCUUACAAAAACAUCAGCUUAUCCACACUGGAUUUAAACCAUUCAGCUGUGGUCAGUGUGGAAAGACUUUUGCACUCAAGAAUAGGUUAAUAAAUCAUCAACUAAUCCACCCAAUCAUCCAUCCAUCUUCUUCCGCUUUAUCCGGGGCUGGAUCGCAGGGUUGGAUCGCGGGGAACACCAAGGCGUUCCCAUGCCAGCCGAGAGAUAUAAUCUCCCCAGCGUGUCCUGGGUCUGCCUCGGCGCCUCCUCCCAGUGGAACAUGCCCGGAGCACCUCACUCAGGAGGCAUCCUUGUCAGAUGCCUGAAUCACCUCAACUGGCUCCUUUCGAUGUGGAGGAGCAGCGGCUCUGCGACUCUGAGCCCCUCCCGAAUGGCUGAAGGAGUAACAGAUGGGUUGAAGGUGGGGAUGGGAUUACAUCAAUUCUGAGCCCCUUCUUGUUUUCAGUAUCGACGGGCAGACUGACAUUCGAGGUCAGUUAAGAGUCUCUGUUGAAUAUCUUGUUUGCAGAUGACAUUGUAAUCCAUAGUAGGAAUAGGAAUCAGGUAUAAGAGAACCUGGAGAGGUGGAGGUAUGCUCUGGAGAGAAGAGGAAUGAAGGGAAGGGAAAUAACAUGCCUAUCUUAAGCUGGCAGCCAGCAUGUAGAAAGACUUUCUCUGAAUUGUUGAUAUUAGUUUCUUACAUUUUCUGAUUUUUAAUCAAAUGGUCUUUUCAGAAACUCCUGAUUGUUGUUUCUUAAAUGUAAUGGCUAUUUAUUAGAAACCUAAAUUAAACCCAUGAUUAAGAGUGUUAAGGAAUAAACAUAUAUUCUUAGUGCUUAUUUUCUGAUUAUAUUGGUUUUUUGUACUUUGUAGUAAGGUCUGUGAGGAAAACUAGGUCAGAGGGUGACUGGUCGCCUUGGCAACAGAGACUUCAGUAAGGAGAAGUUAAAAAACAGGAAGCUAGGGUAGAGCUGCAUAGGCAUAUUAAUAAAACACAGGAAACCAGACAGAAAAGCAGAACUAGUUACACAGGAGUUGUUUAUAUCGAAACUAUGUGUGUCUGACGUAUAGCAGAACUAUAAACAGAAUUUAUUAAGAGGCCACGAUGCAGCAAGGGUUUGAAAUCUAUGCAUGCAUCACAAAACAAACUGUUCAUUGAAGAUAGAUUUGAGGAAAGUUUGUCACGUUAAAGUCACGCAAAUGUUGAAUUUAUCUGUUCUGUGCAAACAUCUAUGUAAUCUUGCAGACCAAGCAUUAUUGUCAUCAUGUGAUCACAAAGAGAAUCAGAGCAUCUGAACAGAUAUCCCUCUAGGUCAAUCUGAAAGACCUGUUGCUGUUUAUUCAGCUGUUCAUCAUGAGAUAAUUAGUGAAGUCAAUGCAGCGCUGUUUCUCUAAGGUAGCUAUUUGAAAUGUGUUGAAAUGUGUUUUGUUGGGAUUUGAGUGUAAACUAGGUCGCAGGCUGACAGGAAACUGCAUGCUUUUGCAAAGAUCCAAACUUAGAGUGUGUGACGUGCUGCGGAAAUAUAUAUAUAUAUAUAUAUAUAUAUAUAACCAUGUUGGCUGCUGCUGCUUUCAGACCUGAGCGUGUGUGUUCGUGUGUUCAGGUCUCUGUUCCCGGGAAUGUAAAAUAAAGAUCAUUUCUUUGAGCUUUGACCACCCUGGGUCCAGUCUUUCUUUGCUGCCAAAAGAAUUCAAAGAACAAAAUUUAAUAGUUUUAAAUGAUUUCUGUUGUCUUAAAACAUGAUGUGGGUCUGUUUUGUUGCAUGAUGAGAAAAAGAAACCUGUCUUUUUUAUGUUGCAUCAAAAAUGUUUUUUUUAUUGUAUUUCGUCAGUUUGUCAUUUAAGAUAUAUAAAACUUAUAAAGUAUAUUUUUUAUUUUCUGUGAACUUAUUUACACAUUACUUAAAAGUUAUGUCGCUAUAAUCAUUCUUUGUAUUUUCUCUGUAAGAAACCGACUUGCUACCCCCUUUAUUCCAGUGUACCUACUGUUAAGUAUUUGUGCAUAAAUAUAAUUAAAAUGCCAUUUCAAAGA